CGUCCAUGCGCACAUGCGCACUGUGCGCAAGCUUGACGCGCAUCGAGCCGUCUAGCGGAGCCGCAAACAGCUGAACAUGGCUCUGUUCACGUACAGCAGACUGUCUCAUUUACUGAGAAUAUACGCUAAUAAACCUCCGGUUUUACGGACAGCCGCUGAGAUAACACACGGGCCUCCGUGCUGUGUUCAGCUGGUCCGCUGCCAGAGGACGAUGGACAGUAAGGCGUUACAGGAGAGGCAGAAGCAACACAUGGCGAAAGGUCUUCCCAAACAGAAGCCCAUCACAGGGGUCAAACGGGUCAUCGUUGUGGCUUCGGGGAAAGGUGGCGUGGGCAAGUCCACCACCGCAGUGAAUUUGGCUCUCGCUGUAAUGGCCAACGAUCCGUCGAAGUCCGUCGGCCUGUUGGACGCUGACGUCUACGGUCCGUCGAUUCCCAAACUGAUGAACUUGAAGGGAAACCCGGAGCUCUCUGACAAUAAUCUGAUGAUCCCACUCAUCAACUAUGGGAUUCCUUGCAUGUCGAUGGGGUUCCUGGUGGAGGACGUGGCUCCCAUUGUGUGGAGGGGACUGAUGGUGAUGUCAGCUAUAGAUAAACUACUCCGACAGGUGGACUGGGGAUCGUUGGACUAUCUGGUAGUCGACAUGCCACCUGGGACAGGAGACGUCCAGCUGUCAAUCACCCAGAACAUCCCAAUCGCAGGUGCGGUCAUCGUGUCAACGCCGCAGGACAUCGCCCUGCUGGACGCUCGCAGAGGAGCCGAGAUGUUCAAGAAAGUUAACGUGCCGGUUCUCGGUCUGGUGCAGAACAUGAGCGUCUUCCAGUGUCCAAACUGUAACCACCAGACUCACAUCUUCGGCUCUGAUGGGGCCCGACAGCUCGCAGAUACUCUGGGAGUUCAGUUAUUAGGUGACAUUCCUCUUCAUCUAAACAUCAGAGAGAUGUCAGACAGAGGGAAACCAGUGGUCGUCUCCUCUCCUGACAGCCCAGAGGCAGAGGCAUACAGGAAGGUGGCGUCUGCUGUUAUCCAGAGACUAGAGGAGAUCAACCCUUGAUUGUCAACAGGAAGUGAUGAAGACACUCCACAAACAACAUACAUGCGACACACGGACAUGUAAACACACAUACGAACAGGGACGCUUGUAACACUCACUGAGUUUAAUCCAAAGCACUACUAGGAGUGGUACACACUGUGUACUAGUACCACAGUAUUACUGAAUAAAUGUGAUUCAUUUAGUCGUGUGAGAAUAUUUAACAGAACUGUGAGUCUGUUCAUGAUUUUCUGAAAUAUCAACUAAAUAUCAACUAAAUAUCAACUAAACAAAAAUAUAUUGUUGCUGCUUUAAUAUGAACAAUAAAAACACUGAUGUUGUCAGCUUAAACUGAUAGUUCAGGUUACUUAGAGUGGGGCUGUAUGAGGUACUGCUGUGGACAGAAGUGGCAACAAAAUGGAUUUUAGACAAUGUAAGUGUAUGUUUCAUUGAUAAUAUUUUCACUGAUUGAUGAUUGUUGUCAGACGGCCCUUUCUGACGGGAAAUGUUUUGAUACUGAAUCAUGUGCUCUCCGAAGCCACCAGACUUUGACAUUGAUAAAAACUGUAAUUACUGUGUAUAAAAAUAAUAAAUACAAACCUGGCAAGCAGGA